AGAAAUUCAACUUGAAAAAGAAAUUGACCAUUUUUUUUCCUUCUGAAGAUAGGUCUUAUGCAUGUUUGACUGGUUGAUGAUAUGCUUUUGAUUAUCCGCGAUUAUGGCAAUCGUAAACAGUGACUAAGUUUUUGAAAAUACAUAAAAUAUCCAUAAUGACAACUGUAUUAUUGAAUAUUGGUGGUUCCAUAUUUCAAACUACAUUUGAAACUUUGGAAAAAAUACCCGGCACAAAACUUAGUUCUCUCAAGCGAGAUAUCUCAGACAAAGCUUCCACAGCUUCUUUCUACUUUGACAGAAACCCGGAUGUUUUCAAUAGCAUUUUGGAUCUUUAUAGGACGGGAGAGCUUCAUUUUCCUUCAAACAUAUGCGGGGCUACUAUAAGAAACGAGCUUGAAUUCUGGGAAAUUGACAAAUCCUAUCUAAGUGAAUGUUGUUUGAAAGCUUUCUACAAACAUGAGAAUGACAAGAGUAUUUUGAAUGAAAUCAAGAAUCUUGAAAAAUAUAAAGUUUUGGAUAUUCCUAAGGAAGAAUGUCGCAGAGGAUGUUGGCGAAAUUGCAUCUGGAAAACUAUACAAUAUCCUGCCUCAUCGCGAAAAGCUAGCGUAUUCAACAUUCUGUACCUACUGGUAGUUGUCCUUUCCACCUCGGUAUUGUUCAUAAACACCAUUCCAGAUCUACGAAACCCCAAACCUGACCACCUCAACGAAACAUCGGCCGUGGAAAAAGAGCAUAUCUAUACCAAAACUACGGUUGCUCCGCCAGUUUUCUACGUAGAUCUUUUUUGUGGUAUAUUUUUUACAUUUGAAUUCAUCACACGUAUUGUUGUGACGCCGAUAAAAUGGAGGAAGUUUUUUUGUACGGCACUUAAUGUAAUUGAUGGUGUGGUUAUCAUAGCCUUUUGGGCUUUAUGUUCUUUAGUUAUUAGCGGACCAAACUUCAUUGAAGACAAAGCAUUUUCUUAUAUAAUCAUGAUCCUGUACUUUGCGCGGCUGCUUCAAUUAUGUCGGUUCUAUAGAUUUCUCAAUAGAUUCAAAAGUUUUGACGUUAUAAAUCUGGCCAUUCGCUCAAGUAUUUGUCAGUUUGGAAUCCUUAUAGCUGUAUUUAUUCUUUCAAAUUUAUUUUUCGGUUACUUGAUUUAUUAUGCUGAGUUCGAAGACAAAAAUUCAUUCAAUAAUGCUUUCCUUGGGGUUUGGUGGGCUGUUGUUACCAUGACGACAGUAGGAUAUGGUGACGUAGUGCCCACGUGCUAUCUUGGCCGCGUCGUAGGAAUGGUAUGUGCUCUGACGGGAAUUCUAAUUCUUUCUAUGCCAGUUGCCAUAGUGACAUCAAAUUUUACUAUUUAUUACAACAAACUAAAGGAAUACACAAAUCACAAACACAAAGAGGAGAGAAAAAGUGAGAGUAGGUUUAGUCUGCAAAAAGCAAGAGAAAGUGGUUCUGUUUUUCCAAAGCCCGUUUUAACUGUAGACACAAUAGAAUCACACAAAAUGCAGAGUAGCGGAACUAAAUCUUGAAUAAAUGUAUAACAAUGAAAAAAGUAACACCUAUUGAGAUUUAUUUCUAUUUUUUCACAUUUAACUGAUAAUUGUUAUUUGUGUUGAUUAAAUUGAGUAAAACAAUUACCGAGUUUAAAUUUCCCAUGGUAAAAGUGAAACAUUAAAUCUAAUGUCAUUAUCAAAGGCCUUCAUUUGAAUCUAUAAAUCUUGGUAGUAACAAUCUUAUUUAGAAACUGAAGAUAUUCAUAGAAUUUUUGAUAUUUUUUGUUGGGAAUUUAGAAUGAUUGAUACGUCAAAUUUAUCGAUUUCAGUAAUAUUCCCUUUCAUCUGAGACAGCAGUACAGGGCAUUGAACGCUUUCAUUACAAAUUUCAGGAUAAUUCCACACGACAAUUACACUUAAUGUACUUAAAUGUGUUUGCUGGCGUCAAACUUAGAAAUUUCAAGAUAAAAUGAUGAAAUUAAAUAUUGACAA